AUGGCAUUGGAAGCACUGCAAGAUAUUAUGCAGAAGGACUAUAAGUUCAAGAAUUGGGCUGGAAUCUACAGUUGCAAACCUCAAUUAUAUUUCCAACCAACUACUAUAGAUGAAGUUGCUAGCGUCAUAAAGAAUGCAAAAGCUUUAGGUAAGACUAUUGUUACUGUUGGAUCAGGUCAUUCCCCUAGUAACAUGUGCAUCACAAGUGAAUGGUUGAUGAAUUUAGAUAAAUUGAACAAGGUUUUAGGUUUUGAAGAGUUUAAGGAUUUACAUUACGCGGAUGUUUCUGUCGAGGCCGGUAUUCGUGUGUUCCAAAUAAAUGAAUAUGUUGCUACAAAGAACUAUGCAGUUCAAAACUUGGGUUCUAUAUCCGAACAAAGUAUUGCAGGGAUCAUAUCUACGGGUACUCAUGGGUCCUCACCAUUUCAUGGUCUGGUAUCAUCUAAUAUUGUUAACCUAACUGUGGUCAAUGGUUUAGGGGAAGUUAUGUUUUUGGACUCUGAAAACCACCCUGAGGUGUUUAAAGCUGCUUUGCUUUCAUUAGGUAAGAUCGGUAUAAUUGUAAGAGCUACAGUUCGUGUUGUCCCUGCAUUCAAUAUCAAGGCUACUGAAGAAGUUAUUACAUUUGAAGAUUUAUUAGAAAGUUGGGAUACUCUAUGGACCUCAUCUGAAUUCAUUAGAGUCUGGUGGUACCCAUACUCUCAUAAAUGUGUUCUAUGGAGAGGUGAUAAGACUGAAGCUAAACCAACUAAGUCACGUAAGAGCUGGUGGGGCACUACUCUAGGUAGAGUCUUCUAUGAAACGUUAUUAUGGUUAUCUUGUAGAGUAUAUACUCCAUUAACUCCAUAUGUCGAAAGAUUUGUUUUCCAAAGACAAUACGGUAAACUUGGCAGUAAAGGUAAUGGAAGUACCACCGUCGCGACUUCCGUAAAGGCCUUCAAUAUGGAUUGUUUAUUUUCUCAAUUUGUUAACGAAUGGGGGUGUCCAUUAGAGAAUGGUCCACAAAUCCUACGUUCCUUAGAUCAUAGCAUUGCUCAAGCUAGCCAAAGCAAAGAAUUUUACGUACAUGUUCCAAUGGAAAUCCGUUGUUCCAACACCACUCUACCAUCUGAACCACUUGAUACUAAGGAUAGAACUAUCACCAGUCGUGGUACUGUAUAUGGUAACAUCAUACGUCCAUACUUGGAUAACACUCCAUCUGGUUGUAGAUACACUCCAUUGAACAGUGUCACCAACAGUCAAUUGACCUUAUACAUCAAUGCAACCAUUUACAGACCAUUUGGUUACAAUACUAGAAUUCAUGAAUGGUACUCAAUAUUUGAAGAUACCAUGUCUGUUGCUGGGGGGAAACCUCACUGGGCAAAGAACUUUUUAGGAUCUUCUAAUAACACUGCAGGUGAUGUUAAGCAAGAGUCUGAUUAUGAUGACUUCGAAGGUAGAGGUCUAGGAAGAAAGAUCAAGGAAUGGUACGGAGACGAUCUUGUCGCUUUCAGAAAGAUCAGAGAGCAACAGGAUCCGGACAAUGUCUUCCUAAUGAACAAAGAAUGGGCUGUCCGUAACGGGGUUGCUAACGAGUAA